AGCUGUACUGUGAUAUGUGUUGUGGUUCCUGUGUGUGACAGGUUUGGGGCAGGAAACACUUUGGCUCUGUGGUAAAGAAAGGCCUUGAACUCUCGUUGAGGAGCAUGGAGCUGAUAUGAUUGGAAAAAAUAAGAAGGUACAUGACUGUGAUUCAGAAGACAUGAUUUCCAGGGAGACUUUGCCUUCAUCAAGUGAGGAAAAGACACCUAAAUCAGUGACUCAUGAGGUUUUGGAAAAUGCAGAUAGCUCAGGGAAAGUAAACCGCUCUGUUCAGAAUUUCCAACGCAGUAAUUACGAUGAUCUUUUUAAAGAUGCUACAGAAAGUGAGAGUGAGAGCCUAUUGGCCCCCGGUGGCUCCUUUCUAAGAGAAAAGUGGAGCAGUGAAGAUGAAGAGCUUGCAGGGCCGUCCCAGACCAUCCCUCCUCAGCUUCCUGACUGUAUACAAAUUGUUUCUGAAAGGGAGCUAGCUCAGUUGGCUCAGGUUCGACCAUUACUAUUCAAUUUUCAUGAGCAAUCAGUCAUCAAGGAUUGUUUUAAAAUGCUUGAGAAAAAAGUAGCAGAAUUUGAAAUCCUCCAGGAAUUUAUGACUUUAGAUUAUAAGAACAUACCUGAUGCAUUCAACUCUGGGAAUGAACUACGCAACAGAGAAAAAAACAGAUAUCGGGAUAUUCUUCCAUAUGAUUCAACACGUGUUCCUCUUGGAGAAAACAAGGACUACAUCAAUGCUAGCUAUAUUAGAAUAGUCAAUUCUGGAGAAGAGUAUUUUUAUAUUGCUUCUCAAGGACCACUGCCAAGUACCACAGAUGACUUUUGGCAAAUGGUUUUAGAGAAUAACUCUAAUGUUAUUGUCAUGAUAACCAGAGAGAUAGAAGGUGGAAUUAUCAAAUGCCACCAUUACUGGCCCAUUUCUAUGAAGAAGCCUUUGGAAUUGAAAAACUGUCAUAUCUUCCUGGAGAACUACCAGAUACUUCAAUAUUUUAUCAUCCGAAUAUUUCACAUUGUGAAGAAGUCUACAGGAAGUAGUCACUUUGUAAAACACUUGCAGUUCACCAGCUGGCCAGACCAUGGCACUCCUGCCUCGGUAGAUGGCUUCAUAAAGUACGUGCGUUAUGUGAGGAAGAGCCACCUUACAGGACCUAUGCUUGUUCACUGCAGUGCUGGCGUGGGCCGGACGGGGGUGUUCCUAUGUGUGGAUGUUGUGUUCUGUGCCAUUGAAAAGAACUUUCCAUUCAACAUCAAGAAUAUAGUGACCCAAAUGAGAGAACAGCGUUAUGGCAUGAUUCAAACGAAGGAGCAGUAUUUCUUUUGUUAUAAAGUUGUGCUUGAAGUUCUUCAGAAGCUUCUGACUUUAGAUUAAGAAAGACUUCUGUUGCCUCACAUUUGAAAUUACCAAGUGCCUUGGAGCCUCCUCAUAAAGAACACGUUCCGGUUGUGCUGAAGGGCUUUGCUUACGUGUACCAUGUGCUUUCUGGGUGUAUCAUUUGCCUUUCUUUCUGACAACUCCCUGAAGGCAGCAUCAUUUGGUUUGGGGUGAACAGUGUUUAUCCAUUCAUCUUACUUCGAUAAUAGCAAAAUACACUCCCACAUUUUCCAGUGAAACAAAAGUUGCAUAAAACAACUGCAGCCCAUGUGGUUAAAGGGAUUACAGAGCCCAAUAAAGGACUUGAACUAUAUUCAUUAAGAUGCCAUUUGGACAGGCAGCUAAAGGAAGCUGAGGAUUUCCAGGACCUUAUAAAGCCCUUACCUUAUUCUGGAGAACACAGGGCUAGUAAAUGCAAGAUCACAUCAUGAGCUCUUACAGGCCUUUUCAAGACAGAUACUCAUCCAUGUUUUUUAGCUAGAGGCUGCACUUUUAGCUCGUAUUUGAAUAACUCAGUUCACUAAUUAGGAGAAUUAACUUUCCACACAAAUUGGAUUCCAUUUUCCUAUAGUUCCAUACUCUCGGGGGCCCCAGGGACCUCAGAGGACAAGCUGCCCUUCUAGAGCAGCUGCACAGGGACCUGCUGGUUGGGGAAGUAUUUGUGGGUGGGCAGAGUUCCUCUGCUCCAUCACAUGAGCACACUGGUGAAUGGUCCAAAACUAAAAUAGAUGUUUAUAUAGAAAGUCCGAGAGGAGAUUUUUGCCCGGCUUGAGUUCUUUCCUAUCCCACCCUAACACUUAAUGUAUUACUCAGUCUGCUUUGUUAAAAGCACAUAUUACAUUUUACUUGCCUCUUACUCUUUGCCCUUUAGCUAACCAAUAAACUUUGAUAUAAGCAUUAUUACAUAAUUCUGUGUGUCUCUUACGCCAGAUAUAUUUCUCAAACUAAGAUCUAUGGUAGUUAUUUUUUUCUUCAGAGUUCCAUUAAAUCAUUUCUUUCCAUUACUGCCCCACCUCUGCUGUAACAUUUAGAAGUUGGCUUUGGGAACUAGGUUUUGGAAAACCAAAGUCAUAGUUGUGAAAAUGAAAACUUCCAUAUUCUCUUUUUGAAAAGAUGUGGCCAUUAUUAUAUCCAUCUUAUUAUAGGACUUUGCCUCAUACAAUUACAGUGAUAUUUGGUCAAGGAAUUUUAGUGACCAGUUAUACCUGAUUAUAAGCUAUAUAGCAAUUGCUACAUGUCUUUGUACAGUGUAAUUCAGUGGAGAUCAGAAUAUUCUAUGUAUCAUAUUGAGAAAAUUUCUAAUAUUAAUGUAAAUCUUGAAUUUAUAAGAGGCUUAUUUUAUUCCCUUGGCUGAAUGAAUAUUUGAAUUUGUUGAAUUAAACUUGAUAAUUUUAUCCCAGAAAUGUAUUUUAUAUUAAA